AUGACAAUAAUAGAUUUCAUAGACGUGAUUGAUGAUAUUGUUGACUUGAGCGGCGAUGAGGAGACUGUUGAAAGGGCGACGUUGCUUGGUACGCAGGCUCUUAUGAUCCUAUCUGGUGAAGGAAGGCAAGAUGCACAUGCUGGUGAAGGAAGGCAAGAUGAUACUGAGUCCGGAAAUGCUUUGGUAGCCGCCACAUCUUCUCCAAGUAUGGAAAAGGCGCCUCUUGAUACGGCUGUAUCACAGAACUCUCCUCACUCUCCAACAGCAGCGCUAUUCGCCAGCUCAGCUACUACCACUCCGACGGCUCUGUCCUCUGAACGUAGUGAUGCGAAGCUGGUGAGUGUGAAGGUGAAACGGCCUGGGAGGAACUACCACACGGGGGGUACUCCUAGGAGAAGUCCUAGACUUGAAGAGAAUAAAAGGUGCCGUAACAAGUCUACAGAAGAGCUGGCAGCCGAUUGCAAGAGCCCUAACAUGCUUGAGCAAGCAGAGGAAUCAGCUGCCUCUAGUCAGAAUGCAGGUUCUGCAAAGAUCCUCUAUACAAACCCUGCAAACUAA